CUUACUGUCCUGUAGCCGUUUGUGUUGUGGCCAAGAGAAGGAGGACUUAAAUUCCUUAAAUCUCAGAAGGUCCAAGGGUCUGUGUUCACAGACACCUCGAGGCAAGAAAAAGAGGAAACUCUCCCGAAUCAUCACAGCUGGAAGCAACAUCAUGCAAAAACCCUGCAAAGAAAAUGAAGGAAAGCCCAAGUGCAGCGUGCCAAAGAGAGAGGAAGAACGCCCCUAUGGAGAAUUUGAACGUCAGCAAACAGAAGGGAAUUUUAGGCAAAGGCUGCUUCAGUCUCUCGAGGAAUUUAAAGAGGACAUAGACUAUAGGCACUUUAAGGAUGAAGAAAUGACAAGGGAGGGAGAUGAGAUGGAAAGGUGUUUGGAAGAGAUAAGGGGUCUGAGAAAGAAAUUUAGGGCUCUGCAUUCUAACCAUAGUCAUUCUCGGGACCGUCCUUACCCCUUUUAAUGCAUUUCUCUCCUGAAUUCAACUAUUUUCUGUUAUUAAUAUUACCACCAUCGACUUCCUUUUGUUUGCAUUUUCUUGCUAAAUAUUGCACCAUUUUACGCCUAUCCUUCAAUGUUCCUUUGAUUUGCAUAUGACUCCGGUUACCAACAUCUCAUCUUUUGACCCAAUCUCAUUCAUUUAAUAAGGAUGUCUCAUUCAUUUGCAUGGGAAGAUGCUCAUUGUAUAUUGUAAAGUAAAAAUAAUACAUUGCAAAACUGUGUGUGUAUAUAUAUAUAUGCACUUUAUAUGUACAUUUAUAUAUGACAUAAUGCAUAAAAGUCUGAAUUAUUAUACACCAAAACGUUAACAGUGAACUCUGUGUGAUCUGUAUUUAAUUUUUUUGCCUAUCUGCAUCUUCUCAUUUUCCAAAAAAUGAAUCUAUAUGUGUGUGUAUGUGUGUGUAUUGUGUCACAAAAAAACUAAAAUAAACAGACACAAAAAACUUGUCAAUCACCGUUGAA